AUGACCCGUCUCCUUCGCAUCGCCGUCCUUGAAUGCGACACGCCGAUCCCGCCAGUGCAGGCCAAGUUCGGCGGCUACGGAGAUAUCUUCGAAAGUCUUCUGAAGAAGGGACUAGAGGAGAGCGGCUCCACUGCUGAGAUUGAGGUUAGCAAGUGGCAUGUUGUGGAGAACCCCGUCUAUCCUGACCCCAACGAGUGUGAUGCGUUUCUCCUCACAGGUAGCAAGCAUGAUGCUUUCAGUGACGACCGUUGGAUCCUGACGUUGACUGAGUAUAUUCAUGACGUUGUCAAGGCUCAUAAGAAGCCUGUUGUUGGGAUUUGCUUUGGUCAUCAGAUCCUUGCGAGGGCCUUGGGCAAGCGUGUUAGUCGUGGAGAUAGUUGGGAGAUUUCUUCCUCAAAGAUUACUUUGACUGAUGCUGGGAAAGAACUUUUCGGAAAGGAUGAGUUGCAUCUGCAUCAAAUGCACCGCGAUAUUGUCCACGAGGUGCCCGAAGGGUGCAUCAAUCUUGGCUAUAGUGACCCAUGCGCAAUCCAAGGCUUCUACAUGCCCAAUCGCCUCUUGACUGUUCAAGCGCAUCCCGAGUUCAACGAAUAUAUCAUGUCGCAUCUUGUUGAAGCAAGACAUAAUGGCGGUGUGUUCAACGAUGAGCUAGCCCAAGACGGAGCGGCGAGAGCAGGAAAUCACCACGAUGGAGCUCUAGUGGCGAAGAAGAUUAUAGAAUUUAUCAACAGCUCAGUAGCAUAA